AUGUUGCUUGGGCUGCUGACAAUGCCAAACUCUUGCAUCGUACUCAUAGUUUCUGAACUAAGACAUGGUUUCAGGAGUCGGAGAAUAAUAGGAUCGUUGGGAUUUGAGCAUAAAGAGCUUACCUACCUAUGCAUUACUGACGAUAGGCCACUGGGAAGCAAGCCAGCCACAGUCGGUACAUGUACGAUAAGACAAAAGGCCAGAAAAGCCGAGCAGGAAGAGAAAUGA